GCAACUGUCCUGGUUGUUGUGGUGAAGCUUUCCCCCCCGAGGGCAAGAGCAGGAGUCGGACCAGCUGCAGGUCCAGUGUCACAGCCCGGAGCUCCCAAUGACAGUCGCAUUUCCAGACUUUGGAGUCUAUGGUUUUUUCCUGUAGGAAGAGGACGGUUAAAGACAGCCACCUCAUGGAUCACUGUUGCAGACGGAAACAGCGUCACUGAACAAGUCACUAAACCAUCACAAUUUACUCUGACAUUUUGAAGACUGGACAAAAAGUGCGCCAGGAGUGAUAUGUUGAUUUUGGGGAAGUCUCCACUCGCCCACCUGGAGAUAUUUUGAUGCAGAGCGACACUCACCAUUACCUGAAAUAGAAAUAUACCUUGUGUGAACCUUCCCUGUCUCCCAACCUUGUGGAUUCAUGUAUUGAAGCUAAUAUGGAGCAUCCAAUCUGAAGGAGUAGUUUAAUUACACUUUUCAAACACCCCCUUUUCUCCGGUCUUUCUUUUUUAUCCUCAGCAGAUCAUUUGCCAAAUAUCCCGCAGUUGAAAUGGAUCGGAGAUCUGACAGUUGUGCACAAAUCACAGCGUGGAUGCUUUUGUCCCUUUUGUCUCACCCUUUUUCUUUGGCAAGAUAAAGGUUGUUGUGGAAGAUGCGAAAGAGACAUUGCAACAAGUUCAUGUGUUGCUUACUUUUGAAAUCAUGGAGAUAUCUGUGCUAUCUGUGACCUGAUCAGUCGUUUUGAUUCAUUCUUCCUCAGACAUUGUUGCUGCCUGUUUUCAUAAAUGUAAGGAUAUUUUUUUACAGCAGCUGUUUGUGCCUUCUCAAAGGCUUGAGCCUUUUUGGCUUGAAAGAGAAAUUUGGAAACCUGAAACUUUUAUUUCAUACCAUUGUGGAUUAAGCUUAACACACCAGACUAAGGAACCUGAGGCACUGUAACAAUUUUCAGUGUUGGUUGUGGCAUGGCAGCAGAUCACGGCGAGCUGCUGGCUGAGAUGGCCACUGUUGGGCGUUUGAGCGCCACAGAACGCCUGAAGCACGCCCAGAAGCGUCGCACUCAGCAGCUGAAGUCGUGGAUGCAGAUGGAGAAGGAUGCGGCGCGAGGGUCAAGGGCCAAAGCAGAUAAGAAGAAGGCACGCACCACCAAAGUGACAUUCCCCAACUCCAUCACCCUCCUAGAUGCAGCUGCACGCAAUGAUGUGGAGGAGGUGAGGCAGCUGCUUAACACUGGUGUCAGCCCAGAUUUAGUCAAUGAAGAUGGACUGACAGCCCUUCAUCAGUGCUGCAUUGAUGACUUUGUGGAGAUAGUGCAGUGCCUGCUUGAUGCUGGUGCCUGUGUGAAUGCCUGUGAUAGUGAGUUGUGGACCCCGCUGCAUGCUGCUGCCACCUGUGGACACACGGGACUAGUGCAGCUCCUGAUUCAGGCUGGGGCCAACCUGCUGGCUGUAAAUGCAGAUGGCAACAUGCCCUAUGACCUCUGUGAGGACGAGGCAACCCUGGAGCUGCUGGAGAUGGUUAUGGCUGAACAGGGGAUAACUCAGGACCGUAUAGACGAAUGCAGAGGUGCUAAAGAAACAGCCAUGCUAGCUGACAUUAGGGCUCUGCUCCAGAGCAAAGCAGACUUAAACGCUCAGGACAACAAUGGAGCAACACUGCUCCAUAUAGCAUCUGCUAAUGGCUACACGUCUGUGGCCGAGCUGUUGCUUGAGAACAGGGUUAAUGUGGAGGUGAAAGACUCUGAUGGCUGGACACCGCUGCAUGCUGCCUCCUGCUGGGGACAAAUUCAAAUGGUGGAGCUGCUGGUAGCCCAUGGAGCCAGUCUGAACAGCAAGUCUGUUCUGGAGGAGACGCCACUGGAUGUGUGUGUGGAUGAGGAGGUGAGAUCCAGGCUAACAGACCUAAAGCAUAAACAUGACGCCAUCAUGAAGAGCCAGGACCGCCAGAAGGGCACACUGCAAAGACGGGCCUCUAGCACCGGCAGUCGAGGUAAGGUGGUGCGGCGUGUCAGUGUGAACGAGCGUUCAAGUCUGUACCGACGAGAGCAUCACAAAGAGGCCAUGGUGUGGCAGGAGCGCGGCCGACAGCCCGAUCCACAGGACGAGGACGAGGACAGACAGACGGACAACGAGCUGCACCAGCAUGCAGCCAUGGUUGCUGGAACAACAUCAGCAUCACGGUUGGAGGAACUGGAAGCUGCAGACCGGAAGAUAACGUCCAGUCUAGGUAAUGGAGGAACCUCUGUGUCUCUGGCCGAGUCUGUGCCUGGAGAACAGUGGAGUGGUGGAGGUCGCAUGGAUCGCAGUGCCUCCUACCAGCUGAGCACUGCAUCUGGAGCUGGGUUAGGGUCUGGUUCUGCAGAGGGCGAGGGGGCAGACAGUAUGACUCGAGAAAAAUCACACCAAACUCUGGCUGACCUGAAACGGCAGCGUGCAGCCGCCAAGCUGAAUAAAUACCCCGCCCCUCCACCUCCCUUGCCUCCUGCCUUAGAGGAGGAGCCUUCUGCUGAAGCAGCUGAGGUUACACCCAACCAGAACCCGUCUGAGCUUGAAGUGACACCCAGCACAAACACGGAGCCGGUGGCUUCCUCGAGCCAGGUGUAUUUUACCCCAGCCAGCGGAGAUCCUCCGCUGCUGAAACUACGAGCUCCCGAUGAGGAGCAGUCCAACAACAAGGAGCCAUGCUGUGGACUCAUGUAGAAGCACACUCAUAUAUGUUCACAAGCAUGCUGCCUACAAAGUAGUGUAGUUGUGCAUGUUACACCUCAAUGUGGCAAAAACAUUUCACAAACAUGAAAACGGAAAGCUAAGGCCUCAUUGCAGUGAUAGUGACUGUAUUUCAGAAGCUAAAGUGCAAUCCACACAAUGUGCUGAUUGAUGCACUCUUUACUUUUUUAUUAUAAUUAAUAUGAUGCAGUAUACACUUUACUGAAAAUCCCAGCAGUCUCUCAUGCUCCUUAAUCAGGGCUGCAUGAGCUGAUGUGCUGUAUUUGAGCCUCAAGGGGUCCAUCUAGUGACGUAAAGGAGAAUUACAAGUUUAAGUUUUGCAAUGGAACGACAAUCUGCUUUGCUCAGUCGGUCUGCAGUUCACUCAUUACUUUAACUACACAAAUAGAAUAAUUUAAUAGCUUUAGAAUCAUGUGAGAGUUAAGUCAAUCACGAAAAUAUGGAUGAAGUUGAAUUGAUUUGUUUUAAAUUAAGAAUGAAUGAGGUUAAAGUUCUGUUUUCUUUACCGAGUGGCGGCAAAAUGAAGAAUCAGGCAGGUACCGGAUAUAAUAAGUGCAUUUUCGACAGAGUUCUACUCUGGUCAUGAUAGUUUCCAGAAAUUGCAUAACUAUUCUGAAUGUACAUUUACUAAAGGACUGUUUUCUUGCUUAAUUAUAUUUUCUUGGAAUGAAAAUGUGCUAUAAUAGUUAUAGUUUCUAAUGCACAAAAAAAACUACAUUUCAAUAAGUUAUUUAGCAAUUUGUAAAUCAAAAGAUCUCCCUCUAUAUUUCUAUUUUUCUAGCCUCUGAAUGGAAUCAUACUAUUUAUUCUAUCUGAUGCCGAGCGUUGCUCUCAGUGUACAAUUAUACCGUUUUUUUUAAAGAAAAGAUUAAUAUAAUUCUAUAAAGAAUUACAGAGAGGGCAAGAUAUUAUUGUGUUAACAGAUGGUAGAGAAUUUUGUUGUCAUUGUUAUAUGAUAAUUUAUCACAGUUUGAUGCCCUCUUGUGGCGGAUUCGACAGUAGGAAUCAACUGUCAAUCAUGCACUCCAACUUGAUGCCAGAGCACUCCAAUUUCCAUAUAACAUUUCAGAUUUGUUGAUCAUUUUUACUGUUUGGACAAAUACAAAAUUGUUCAUGUUUUCA